CUUUGGACCCGGCAAGAUUCACCCUCCAUUGGUCAGCACAGCCAUGCUCUGCUUUCGGGAAGAAGAAACUCUUUCUCCAUCCACAAAAGAUACGGCCACACCCUUUUGCUCUCCAUUGGUUCAGUACAACCGUGCCCUGCCCUUUCUCAUAGAUGACCCGACGCAAAACGCUGAGCUUUUUCAUCACUCCUCUGAUAGGAUUCAGUCCCUGAAGGAACCAUACCCACAAACAUAUCGGAGCUGUCUCCGGGGGAAGAAAGUUCACUGUUUUUUACCAUCAGGCUCUGCUGCAAGCUCUUGGUCAUUCUCCAAUGGCUUCUCCGGGAACGGAACGAUUGAGCAGCUCCACCGGACCCGUUACAAGCCAGAGCAUCCCCAUUUCUUGAGGGUCAUGCUUCCUGAGCUGCUACAACUUGGGAAGCUGCCAACUCCAAAGGCUUUUGUCAAGAACUCUGGGAACAACUUGUUAAACAGGGUACUUCUUAAGGUCUCGAGUGGCCAAACUUGGACCAUUCAAUUGGAAAAGCACAAUGGGACAGUUUUGAUGGUGCAGGGUUGGAAGAACUUUGUGGAGUAUUUCUCUGUUGUACCCAAAUACUCCAUAAGCUUUCGGUGGGACGGAAGCUCCAUGUUCCAUACUAUUAUAUUUGAUCAGACUGGGUGUCAGAUCAAGUAUUCCCUAUGCUGUAGCUGCUGCAAAAGACCGAAGCUUAAUAAUGAUUCUCCAUCUCAGGAAUGGGAGGAAACUCCUGAGGAUGUUGAAAUGGCUGCUGAAGUGGAUGAUGACUACCGUACUCACUUAUCAGCUUUGGGUGUUAAGACAAGAUCUGGUGUGGUAAUUAUAUACAAGCCACCGGGGUCCAUUCUUUUGUCUAUUUACAUAAGACACAAAAUACUGAGCUUUAACGAUGAUUUUCUAUAUGAAAAAGGGAGGAAACUCAUGAGGAUACUGUACAAGUGAUUGAUCGUGAUGUCGAAAUGUCCGCUGAAGAGCAGGAUGAUGACUACUUUGUUCACUUAUCAGCUUUAGGUAUAAAUAUAAAAUUUGGUACGGUAAAUACAUGCAAGCCAGGUCCAUUCGUGUGUCUAUUUACAUAAGACGAAAAAUACUGAAGUUUAAAGAUGAUUUUCUAUAUCAGAAAGGGAGGAAACUCAUGAGGAUACUGUACGAGUGAUUGAUAGUGAUGUCGAAAUGCCCAUUGAAGAACAGGAUGGUGUCUAUCUUUCUCACUUAUCAGCUUUAGGUAUAAAUGUAAAAUCUGGUAUGGUAAA